AUGGAUUCAACCUCUGCGGUGUUUCUCUGCUUCGUAGCCCUAUUUCUCUCGUCUGUGAUAUCAAUCUCCGAUCACAGUUCAUUAGUCUACAAAAACUGCGCAAACCAAACAUUCACCACCACAGCUCCGACUAAUCCUCACACACAAACCCUAACAUCUCUUUUCCAAGAACUCACCGCCCACUCAAACCGGUCCAAGUUCUUCAAACACACCGAAUCAUCAACAGACGACGAUAAGAUCUCCGGCGUCUACCAAUGCCGCGAAGACAUCACUAACCAAGAGUGCCACAGCUGCGUGAGCACGAUUCCGGUUAUGUCCAACACCGUGUGUAGAGAAUCCGUGGCUGCUAGGGUUCAGCUCCGCGGGUGCUACAUGCACUACAAGCUCGAGGGAAUUGAUCAUCUGGACUACUCCAGCAAGGAGAGGUUGCUGCACAAGAGCUGCGGCCAGGGCGGUGGAUCCAUCAAUGGGGGUUUGGGCGGGUUCGAGGAGAUGAGGAGAGCAGCGUUUGGUGUUUUGGAGAGUGGUGUGGUGAGUGGUGAAGGGUUUUGCAAGACGAGGUAUGAGUUAGUUGACGUGAUGGCUCAGUGUGAAGGAGGGUUGGGGGGUUGUGAAUGUGGGGAGUGUGUGAGUGGUGCAGUGCAGAUUGCCGAGGAAGAGUGUGGUGGGUCGGUUUCCGGUGAGAUUUAUUUGGCGGAGUGCUUCUUGAGCUUCGCUUAUCAUCCGGAUGAUGAGUCACACCCAGAGGAAGACCGGAGAGACAGGAAAGGUAGUAACGGGAAGACGUUAGCAAUUGUUGUGGGAGGGGCAGCAGCUUUGUUUUUUGGGUUCAUCUUUUUGUUGUUCCUCAAAUCUUGGGGCAAGAAAGAUGAAUAUUAA